AUAUAUAUAUAUAUAUAUAUAUAUAAAGAGAGAGAGAAACCUUUCAAUAUUAUAACCAUAAACAUACUAUCAGUUUAUUACACUGUGGUUUUUAAUCUUAUUAUACAGUCAUUAUAAGUUUCUACCAAAAAAGAAACUGUAUAUAUUCAAUCUCAAUAAUAUCUGUUCUUCAUUCUACCUAAAAUUGAAUAUCCCCACCAUGAUGCUCAAAAAGAUAUUUAAUCCAAGAGUAUGCCAAAAAAUGGUACGUCCAUUCUCAGCAGCUGCUUUCCAGGGAUAUAAUUUUGAAUUAUCUGAUACUCAAAGAGAAAUGCAGGAUCUAGCACGAAAAUUUGUCAAAGAAGAGGUUAUUCCAGUAGCUGCAGAAUAUGAUAGAACUGGAAAAUUUCCAUGGGACCUUAUCAAAAAAGCAUGGAGCAUUGGUCUUCUGAAUAAACAUAUUCCACAACAUUGUGGUGGUUUGGAAAGUAAUAUCUUUGAUAGCUGCUUGGUUACAGAAGAAUUUGCUUAUGGUUGUACAGGAAUAACAACUGCACUGGAUGGGUCAAGUCUUGGACAAACUCCGGUUAUCAUAGCUGGAACCAAGGAACAACAAAAGAAAUAUCUUGGAAGACUCAUAGAAGAGCCACUUCUUGCGGGAUAUUGUGUUACUGAACCUGGUGCAGGAUCUGAUGUAGCAGGUAUUAAGACUAAAGCUGAAAAGAAAGGGAAAGAAUGGAUAAUUAAUGGCACAAAAAUGUGGAUUACAAAUGGUGGUGUUGCUAAUUGGUAUUUUGUUUUGGCGAGAACAAAUCCUGAUCCGAAAGCUCCAGCUUCUAAGGCUUUUACAGGUUUUAUUGUAGAACGUGAUAGUGAUGGUUUAACUCCAGGUCGUAAGGAAUUGAAUAUGGGACAAAGAGCAAGUGACACACGAAUGAUAACAUUUGAAGAUGUUCGCGUUCCUGAAGAAAAUGUGUUAUUGGGAGAAGGUCAAGGUUUUAAGAUAGCUAUGAAGACUUUUGACCGAACUCGAUCACCGGUUGCAGCAGCAGCUGUUGGUUUAGCUCAAAGAGCUCUGGAUGAAGCAACGAAAUAUGCAAUGGAACGUAAGACAUUUGACAAACCAAUAGCAGAACAUCAAGCUAUUGCUUUUAUACUGGCUGAUAUGGCUAUUGGUGUUGAAACUUCCAGAAUGUCAUGGAUGAAGGCAGCUUGGGCUGCUGAUAAAGAAUUACCAAACGCUACAAUGCUCGCGAGUAUUUCUAAAUGUUAUGCUGCUGAUGUAGCUAAUAAAUGUGCUACAGAUGCUGUACAGAUUUAUGGUGGUGCAGGUUUCAAUACUGAAUAUCCAGUAGAAAAACUUAUGCGUGAUGCCAAAAUUUUUCAAAUAUACGAAGGCACUGCGCAGAUUCAAAGAUUGAUUAUAUCACGUGCUCUUUUCAGUGAAGCCAAACAAAAAAACAAUUGAGACUAAUUAUAUAAUAAUCUUCUAGAUAUCUAAUAAUCAUAUUAUCACAAACUAGAAUAGAACUAGAAUUAGAAUAUAAGAUUUAUUCAGAUAUUUUUAUAAAUUUUACAAUGAUAAAGCUUUACGAUAUAUUUUAUAUAUGAAUUUGAUAUGCAAAUGUUGAAAAAUUUUUAUAUUCUUCUAGAUAUAUAUAUAUAACACAUUGUAUUUUUUAAAUAACCUAUUUAAAUUUUUAUGAAGAGGACAUAUAUUAAGAUAUAAUUUGAUUUAAAUCAUUUUUAUUUGAGAAAAUAUUGCAAGUGUAAAAACGAAAAAACUAUGAAGAGCUUUACGAUAUAUUUUAUAUAUGAAUUUGAUAUGCAAAUGUUGAAAAAUUUUUAUAUUCUUCUAGAUAUAUAUAACACAUUGUAUUUUUGUAAUAUAGCGAGUUGGAAAAAAUAUAUGUAUAAACUUUUGAUUUAUCUAUGAUGCUUCAAGCAA